AUGGAUCCGGCAUCUGAGCGACAGCCAGACGACAACUCGCCAACGUCGACGCCCUCCCCCACCCCCACAAAUGUGGAGAUGUUAUUGGGACGCCGCCUCAGCCAGCUUCUGCUGGAAGACGACGAAGACGCCGCCAACUGCACUGACUGUCUAGGGGCUGGCACAUGUCCCCUGCACGAGUCCAACUGCCUCUCACGACCUGGAGCUGGCGUACCGCUGUCCACCACAGAGUUCAGCUCGCUACACAUGGUCGACGAGGCUGAGUUUGUUGUAGGCCCACUCGAGACGCCGAUGCCCUAUUGGUACUCACAACCCUGCACAACGUGCUGUUCGAGCUACUGUCAAGAUGGCCUCCCUGUUUAUAACCGUCAGGAUAUUCUGAUGACAGAGUUCGGACCACUGGAGCCUGUGCCAGCUUCAGCUGUGGAGCAGCCUUCAGUAAACAACGCUACACCCGAGGGGUCAGGCACAAGAGGUGGGCUGUUACCAUCUGCACGGACGCCAGUACCAGCUCAGCAGCGAAAUCAGCAACAGGUACGUCAUGAUGCAGCUCCUGCACGUUUGAGUCAACCUGUGACAGCGAGUUACCAUCCUGAAGCUAGCAGAAGUAUGCUUGGCCAGCAAAAACAAGAAUUCUGCUAUACCCUGCCCUAUGCCCCGGUGGCUGGUAACAACAUGGUGAGGCCUAUCCAGCAUCAUGCAUUAAAUGGUGCUUCAUGUUACCCAUUGCUCGGUCCCCAGUUAAUACCACCACUAACGCAGUUACAGACAUCCACCACACCAGGACUGCAGCAGCAGCAGCAGCAGCGACUAAUCACUACCAUCCAGAGUCAACAGCAUAUGGCUGUUCUGCAUCACCAUUACCAACAACAACAAACUCAAAGGAUAGCUGCUGUGCUGGGUCAGCAGCAGCAGCAACAGCAGAUAGCUGCCAUGCUGGGUCAGCAGCAACAGCAACAGAGGGCUGCCAUGCUGGGUCAGCAGCAACAGCAACAGAGGGCUGCCAUGCUGGGCCAGGUGCAGAUGCAGCUGCAACAGCAACAGAGGGCUGCCAUGCUGGGCCAGGUGCAGCAGCAGCAGCAGCUGCUUCUGCUGCAACAGCAACAGAGGGCUUCCAUGCUGGGCCAGGUGCAGCAGCAGCAGCAGCUGCUUCUGCAGCAACAGCAACAGAGGGCUGCAUUGCUGGGCCAGGUGCAGCAACAGCAACAGAGGGCUGCAUUGCUGGGCCAGGUACAGCAGCAGCAGCAGCAACAGAGGGCUACCAUGAUGGGUCAGCAGCAGCGUCAGAUGGCUGCCAUGCUGAGUCAGCAGCAGCAGAUGGCUGUCAUGCUGGGUCAGAAACAGCGGCAGCAACAGCAUCAUCCUGAGGAGAGUGAGGCAGCAAAGACGACAGAAUCAGCUCCAACAACAAAUGGUGGCUCUAUUAGUCCUGCUGCAGCACGGGCACAACGAGGCUCUAACACGAGGCCACCAGCCAGUAAGUCUGUUCCCGCCGCCGCUGAGCCAGGCCGGAGCGCGCUGCGGAGGGCGGACACGUGGCACCCAAGUGCGGAGCGCGCUCUGCGGUCGUCGCUGUCACAGUUCCUCACAACACGUGUUUAUGUAUAG